AUGUCCGGGAUGAAAGUGAAGAAUGGCCCCGAAAACUUCAAGAACCAAGUAUCUUCGUUGAGAAGUUUUAUAUUGAUGGAAAAUAGUCUUCAUAGAGAGGGAAAGCGUCUGACGUCUGUGGUGAGCCACUUCGUCCCGAGCCACGCGGACGCGGCUCUCGACCAAUGCAAGAUCCGCACAGAAGACGAUGAAAUCAUGGGGAAUGCGGUCUGGACGUCAACAAGGUCGAGUGCUGAUGAAAUGAACAAGUCCCAAGCAGAUGCCGGAGGCGAGGUCAUGUUUUCUACCGGCUUCAUUGAGUGGUAUGCGGAGGAGUGUCCCCUAAAUUUCCUAUUGGGUGUGGUGGCGCGUGAAGUGGUCCCAGCCCUGGUUGUUGAAUGUACGGUGAUUGUCAAAUCUGGCGGGGUCACUCCUUUCUCGGCCAACGUUCUCGCUGUGCUGGCAGAGCGUACAGGAGUUCCCGCUGGAGGCUUCAACGUGAUCGCGGCUUUGGAGGGUACGCCAGAGCUUGGAUUGGCCAUAUGUAAAUCCGAUAUCAUUAAAAAACCGUCCUUCACAGGGUCGACCGGUGUGGGAAAGAUCCUUUCGGAGCAGCUGGGUAGCUCUCUCAAGAAACUAGGGCUGGAGCUCGGCUGCAACGAGCCAUUUCUGGUCUUUGAUGAUGCAGACCUUGGCCUGCCUGUGUCAUGUCUAUUUACUUGCAAACUCAAUGUGACGGUCAGGCCUGCGGGUCGGCGAAUCGAAUCAUUGCCAACAAGAAGGUCUAUGAUGUAUUCAGCAACAAAGCUUGCAGUGGUGAAGAAGUUCCGCAUUGGCCCGAGCCAGGCAUUGCAGACAAUUAAAGGACUACUCAUAGGACGCAACAGCAUCACCAAGAUGGAAGAACAUAUCCAAAUGCAGAGGAUAAGAAAGCUAAGAUUCUACUCGGUGGAGAGCAUGACACUGGGCCAGUUGUGA